UCUAAUUACAAGCAAACAUGGUGAGAUAGGAGGAGUGACGUCACCUCCGUCUCCUCGGUGAUCCUCUCCAGUCCCGCCCCCUGCCGGCCAGCCGCCGCACAGUCAGGCUGAUUACGAUGGUGGAGUUUAUUCGGACGCUGUCUGACCACAUAGAUGAUGUCAACAGUUGUGCCUUCUCACACUCGCUCUUGGCGACGUGCUCCUUGGAUAAAACAAUCCGGGUGUAUACCCUAAAUGACUAUACUGAGGUGGCCUUCUCUCCCCUCCGAGGACAUACAUAUGCUGUUCACUGCUGCUGCUUCUCUCCUAGUCAGACUAUGUUGGCUUCCUGUUCUACGGAUGGCCGGACCAUCCUCUGGAAUAUGUGUAAUGGGCAGGUUUUGGCUUCUCUGGAACAUCCAAAUUCCAGCCCUGUUAGGGUGUGCAGGUUCUCACCCAGCUCCAUGUAUUUAGCGUCUGGCGCGGCUGAUGGAUCCGUGGUUUUGUGGAAUGUACCGCUGAUGAAAUUUUACAGAUCAGGCCUGGUGAGGGAUGGUUCUCUGGUGGCCUGUGCCUUUGCCCCUGGAGGAAAUCUAUUUAUCACCGGCUCCUCAUCAGGUGAUAUAACGGCCUGGGAUGAGAACAUGCGAUGUUUGCACAAUGAGAAGGCACAUGACUUGGGUGUGACCUCCUGCGACUUCUCCUCACAGACAGUAACUGACGGAGAACGCGGCACUGAGUGUUUUCAGAUGGCCUCCUGUGGUCAGGACUAUGAGAUUCGACUCUGGCUGAUUUCGUAUAGUGAUGAGAGAGUGACCCAGAAAUACCAGAACAUCAGAAACACCCCAAAAAAGACACCACUAAGAAAAGUAGACACACCAGGUUACUCAACAAAGGGUUUGGAAAUGCGAUGCAAACUGACACUGAGUGGACACACAGCCCCUGUCCUGUCCUGUGCCUUUUCCAGUGAUGGUCAGAUCAUCGUCUCUGGGUCUGUGGACAAAUCUGUUAUAAUUUUUUCCACCAAAACUGGAAGCAUCCUGCACAUCCUGACACAUCACACACGCUAUGUGACUGCCUGUGCUUUAGCACCAAACCUGCCCUUACUGGCCACUGGAUCCAUGGACAAGACUGUGGCUAUCUGGAAACUGGGAUCAACCACUCAGUCAGAAGCUGGCAGAUUGAGAAGAACUGAAACCCAUAUUGAGAACUGGACAGAGAAAGAUGUCAGGAACUGGCUCUCCGCAGAAGGCCUGGCAGAGGUAGAACAGCAGUUCAGCUCCAACAAUAUUGAUGGCAAAGAAUUGCUUGACCUCACCAAGGACACACUGCUCAAUGACUUGAAGAUAGAGUCCCUAGGACUGCGAAAUAAGAUUAUGAGGAAGAUAGAAGAAUUACGAAGCAAGAUGAAAGCAUCUUCUUCCAACAUCCCUGAAGAAUUUAUUUGCCCCAUUACAUGGGAGAUCAUGAAGGAUCCAGUCAUUGUAUCAGAUGGUUAUUCUUAUGAGAGAAAUGCGAUUGAAAGCUGGAUUAGUACAAGGAGGACCAGUCCUAUGACCAACCUUCCACUAGAGAACCUUCUUCUGACUCCUAACCGAACACUAAAAAUGGCGCUAAACCGCUGGCUGGAGACCAGGCCUGACCAGAAAGACAAGCAAGCGACGACUUAAUUUCUAUAGCCGUCUUAGAGCAGAAAACCAAAGCGGACAUCAGGAAUGUCGCUGUUAUUGGUCUCUGUGAUUCCGGAGGAUUUGUACUUCGAUUUGCACAAGAAGCGAAUCCCAAAGGGAACAAGCUACGGCUCCUGAGGAUUAUAUGUUUUUGAAGUGUUACUGCCUUAUUUAUGACGACGAGAAUAAUGUUCCCAGCCUACUUUACAAACACGUAAUAGCAUAGAGCUAACCAUGUCCGAUGUGUAGGAAAUACCCUGCACUGUGUGUAGAUACAUAUGUUGUAUAUAGAAAUGGAUUAUGUGAAGAUUUGUGCCUAUGUUAAUAAAAAAAAAACUGUAAAAAUCGAAAUAUUCUACAUAUGCUGUAUUCUUGAUAAAAUCAUUUUUCAAGUUUUGCAUGUUCAGUACAUUUAGUUGUACAUCAUCUGUAAUGUUUUAUGCAUCCUACAAGCUCUAUUACUUUACUUGGUGAAACGCGUAGCAGCCGGCCCACUAAUCUGAUGCCGUCUGGCCUCCUGUCAGUGGCAUGAGAUACGGCUGUAGACGUCGCAAGUGUUGGGCUUUUUAGAUGAAAGUCUGUUCUUUACAAAUAAAGUGAUCCUUUUAUGAUUUACUCA